AUGUCGAAGCAGGACAAGUUGCGGUACAAGGAGCUCAAGCGGCACCAAUACAUGGACUCCAUCAAUCGUGUGAAAGAGUUCGUAAAAACGUUCACAAGUGAACAACAAAAUCAAGUGUCGACGCGACUCGAUCGUUUGGAAAAGAUUUGGGAAUCUUUUGAAACAGUGCAAGAAGACAUCGAAGAUUUGGAAAUCUCCGAGGAAGGCGUUGCAACUAAUGCGCGUAUUAGAGCAGAAAUGGAGGAAACGUAUUUGUACGCAAAGGCGCAAUUGCGUAGUAUGUUGCCCAUUCCGGCAGCCGCUGAAGUUGUGUCUGUUGCUGCAAAUGCUGCUUCAUCUUCUUCUUCAAGAGUGAAGCUCCCAUUGAUCGCACUGCCAGAGUUCGCAGGAAAUUUCGAUGCGUGGUUAACGUUCCACGACACAUACGUCUCACUCAUACACUCAUCGACGGACAUAACGGCAAUCGAAAAAUUCCACUACCUUCGAGCUUCACUCAAAGAAGAAGCUGCGAAUUUAAUACAAUCCAUUUCGGUUACGAGUGAGAAUUAUGAUUUGGCAUGGAGUACGAUCGUCAAACGUUAUUCCAACCCAAUCAUUUUGCGUAAGAAGCAUAUUCGAUCGCUCAUAUCGCUUCCCAAGAUGAAAGAAACGGGAGCAGUGGCGCUCAACCGUUUGGUUGACGAUUUUCGACGGCAUGUCAAAAUCCUAGAACAAUUGAAAGAACCCGUGAAAUCGUUCAGUUCAAUUCUCAUCGAGUUGAUGGCGGAUAAGCUGGAUGAUGAAACACUCCGUGUGUGGGAAGAAGCCCAUGCCGAUGAAGAUCCUACAUUUACGGACAUGAUGGCAGAAGUGUGGUGCAGUUCCCAAAAACCAAUAAAGACAAAGGUAUCGUUGCAUGCUGCUACUACUAAUACCAACAACGUACCAGUGUGUGUGAUGUGCAAAAAGAACGGGCACAGUAUAGCGUCGUGCAAUGUGUUCAAAGGCACUAAUACACAAGAACGCAUGAGAGUGGUGAGUGAGAAAAGGCUGUGCAGAAAUUGCUUGAAAGCAGGACAUUUGGCCCAUGCGUGUGCGUCCAAAUACAAUUGCCAGCAGUGUUCUCAGCGUCACCACACACUACUUCAUGCUCAAGUAGAAAACAGCAGUGUAUUAAUGGGUGAGACUUCUAGCUCUUCAACAAUGGCGUUGGCAUCGUCGAAGAAAUCCGCCGUUAACGCUAUACUCUCUACAGUGGUAUUGGUUGUUGUCGAUGCAUACGGCAAAGAACACUUAGCGCGAGCAUUGCUGGACAACGGAUCGCAGCCGAACGCGAUCAGUGAACAUCUUUGUCAGCUUUUACGACUACCACGAAAGCCCGCUAGCGUUUCAAUUGCUGGUGUCGACAGCACUACCACCAAUGCAAAGCACAUAGUAUGUACAGAAGUGCGAUCUCGGAUCUACCACUACCGACAAGCAAUGAAUUUCCUUGUGUUGAAGAAAGUAACGCAGAACAUUCCUUCAACGUCGUUUUCUACUGCUGCCGUCGGCGUUCCUUCGAACUACGUUCUGGCCGAUCCAGAUUUCGGGACCGCGCGGCGCGUGGAUAUGAUCAUCGGUGCAGCAUAUUUCUAUUCGUUGCUGCGUGGUGGUCAAGUGCAUUUGCCAAACCAGCGAAACGUUCUCAUCGACACGGUGUUUGGCUGGCUCGUAGCAGGAGAUACACCGACCUUUCAUGAAUCGCAAUCGCAAACAACAAUUAGUUGCCACAUGAUGGAGGCAACCGACAAACUACUAGAACAGCUGGAGCGAUUUUGGAAGGUCGAAGAGCUUGCUAUAACAUCAUUGUCUCCCGUUGAACAACAGUGCGAGCAGUACUUCAAGCAGACGACGAAUCGAGAUCACACCGGCAGAUACGUCGUUCGCAUGCCGAAACACCACGACUACGCUCAGAUGCUUGGCGAUUCGAAGGCUGUAGCCCAGAAGCGCUUUCGGUUGUUGGAGCAGAGGCUGGCUAAAGACAAGCAUCUGAAGCAGCAGUACGAUGACUUCAUGCGAGAAUACGUGACGCUGGGUCACAUGUUUCCUGUGCCGGUUGAAGAGGACAGCAUGGCUGCGGUUCACUACUUGCCGCAUCAUCCGGUGGUGAAAGAGUCCAGCACGACGACCAAGGUGCGUGUGGUUUUCGACGGCUCGGCGAAGACAACCACGGGGCAUUCUCUAAACGAUGUCUUGCAUGUAGGACCAAUCGUGCAAGAUGAGCUGCUGUCUCUCGUCGUGCGAUUCCGCAAGUAUAAGGUGGCGGUGAUCGCCGACAUCGAGAAAAUGUAUCGCCAGGAAACAGAAGUUGUGCAAACUUUUGAGUUGGCAACGGUGACGUAUGGUCUGGCUCCAUCGUCAUUCCUAGCAACACGUACGCUACUUCAACUAGCUGAGGAUGAAGGCGCUCCUUACCCUUUGGCAACUGAAGCCGUAAAGAAGAACUUGUACGUGGACGAUCUGAUCUCCGGCGCAGAAAGCAUUGAGCAAGCAAUUCAACUUCGUGACGAACUGACCAGUCUCAUGAGUAAGGGAGGUUUCAGGUUCCGAAAAUGGUGCUCAAACGAGUUGAGUGUGCUUGAUGGGUUGACACCUGAUCUGCUUGGAACAACAGCAUCCCAUGAAUUCGAAGCAGCCGCAAAUGUCAAGACGCUUGGCAUAUGUUGGGAACCACCAAACGAUGUAUUCCGCUUCACGAUUGCUAUCCCUGAUGUACGACCCUACACGAAACGUACAGUGCUAUCUACGAUUGCCCAACUGUACGAUCCGCUUGGCUUGCUAUCGCCUAUCAUCGUGCAAGCAAAAAUCCUCUUACAGGAACUUUGGGCAAACCAACUCGGUUGGGAUGACGAAUUGCCGCGGCAAUUGUGUGACAAAUGGGAAGAAUUUUGCGAACAGCUCCCCAUGCUAGCUCGUUUCAAGAUCCCGAGAUUUGCUUUGACACCCAACUAUAACUAUGUAGAGCUGCAUUGUUUUGCAGACGCAUCAGAAGCAGCUUAUGGUGCGUGUGCCUACCUGAGAUCGCAAAGCAUCAACGGCACAACCCAAGUAACGCUGCUAGCUUCUAAAUCGAGAGUGGCUCCUCUCAAACCACUUACCAUCCCUAGACUGGAACUAUGCGCAGCCUUGCUAGCUGCCAGAUUACAGCAGAAACUAAUAUCAGCCAUUGACAUGGCAGUAAACGAAACACAUAUGUGGUCCGAUUCAACCAUCACGCUGCAAUGGCUUGCAGCACCACCUAGAACGUGGAAAACUUUCAUCGCAAACCGAGUAGGAGAGAUACAAGCUGCUACCAAUGGAUGCAUUUGGCAUCAUGUGCCAGGGAUCGAGAACCCUGCCGACAUGCUAUCCAGAGGUGUUUCUGCGGAAUUGCUUUUGGAAAGCAACAUGUGGAUGCAUGGACCAGAUUGGCUGAUGAACGAUAGCUCGUGCUGGCCCAGCAAAUCGUAUGGACAACAGCACUUCACUGAUGAUGAGCUGGAAAGAAAGGGUAACGUUGUGUUAACUGCCCAAGUAGUCGAGCCCGACCCAUUGCUCCUACGAUACUCCUCAUUCAGAACGUUGGUUCAUGUAACUGCAUAUUGCAUGCGAUUUUGCCACAUUGCGCGUGGUAAAGAACAACGCGAAACGAGCAAUCUCUCUGUGGAUGAGAUUCAAAAUGCUAAAAUCGUUUUAGUAAAGAUGGUACAGCGACAAGUAUUUCCCGAUGAACUACGACAACUGCGUAAGAAACAAAAGCUUGCUGGUGGAUCCCCACUCAAGCUACUCCAUCCAUUCAUUGACAAGGAUGGUGUCAUACGUGUUGGUGGCAGACUUGGACAUGCCGAUUUGCCAUUCUGUGUGAAGCAUCCGAUCGUCAUUCCUGGGUAUCAUCCAUUUACCCAAUUGCUGUUGAGGCAGCAACAUGAGAAGGUGAUGCAUGGUGGCAUCACAUCAACACUUUCAGCCAUUCGCGAGGAGUUUUGGCCAUUGAAUGGCAGGAGAGCGGUUCGAUCUACCAUCCGAGCAUGUUAUCGCUGCAACCGAGCCAAUCCUGUUCCAAUUCAGCAACCGAUGGGACAGCUACCGCUUUCUCGAGUCACUGCAAACGAAGCAUUUGUCUGUACAGGUGUGGAUUACUGUGGGCCGAUAAUGCUGAAGCCUGUUCAUCGCAAAGCAGCUCCUCAAAAGGCGUACCUAUGCAUUUUUGUAUGCAUGAGCACCAAAGCAGUGCAUUUGGAGCUUGUGGGUGACCUAAGUACAUCAGGGUUCCUGAAGGCGUUAGACCGUUUCAUCUUCCGACGAAACAAGCCGAACCAUAUCUAUUCGGAUAAUGGUACAAAUUUCGUCGGCGCAAAGAACGCACUUCACCAAGUCUACCAGAUGCUGCAUGACGAAGCUCAAAACCGUCAAAUCAAUAACUACCUAGCAGAAGAAGGAAUUGAAUGGCACCUUAUUCCACCUCGUGCACCAAACUUCGGUGGGCUUUGGGAAGCCGCCGUGAAGGUGGCCAAGAAGCUUUUGGUCAGGCAGUUAGGUGUCUCGCUACUAUCUUAUGAGGAUCUGGCAACAGUGCUGAUCAAAAUCGAAGGCUGCAUGAAUUCUCGUCCGUUGACGCCGCUUUCGAAUGACCCUAACGAUUUGUCAGCUUUAACACCGAGUCAUUUUCUCAUCAAGGGAAUGAUGCGUCCACCUCCAGACACUGACAUACGGGAUGUCCCGACCAAUCGACUCGACCAGUAUCAGCGGUUGCAGAAGUACGCUCAACAUUUCUGGCAGCGCUGGCGUACAGAGUAUCUUCAUGAGCUUGCUCAGCAACAGCGACGUAAUCCACCAGAACAACAAGUCUCUAUCGGAGACAUAGUCAUUAUCAAGGAUGAACAUCUCCCACCCGCUCGUUGGCCCUUGGCUCGGAUCGUGGAAGUACACCCUGGGCAGGAUGGGAUUGUGCGUGUUGUUACCUUAAAAACUGCCUCUGGGGUAAUGAAGAGACCGUCGUCUAAGAUAUGUUUGUUAGAGUGUUCACGAGAAUUUUGAAAACUUAGUUGUUCAAGGGGGCCGGUAUGUUUGGUACCGCAUACGGUGGGAUGUGCUGGUGAGGAGAAGUGUAGAGGAACGAGAAUUUUUUGCGUGAGUGUGUGCGUGUUUUUGCACACGCUGCUUGAGCUGGGUGCGCGGCGCUCAGCGAUCAGUCGCGAAUCGAUACUGAAUAAAGACACACGUGAACUGUACAAUCAAUAUAAA